CUCCUCAGCAAUGACAAAUUAAUUUAUCACCAAACUAAGGAGGCGAUCUCUGUUGUAAGGGCAGAGUUCAAGAUGCUGAAGAAGACGCAGGCUCCAAAUAUUCGGAAGAAGUCCCAGAUUCUAAUGUCGCAGAUUCCGAAGACGCAGAUUCCGAAUGUCACUGGCUACUCUCAACAUGGACACGCGACGGCGAACGUUCCAGAUCGCAUGGACAACUGCUCCCAACACUCCAAAUAUUUCUGA